CUGAGGUCUAGUGCUGUGUCAGCCGUUAGUUAAAGGGGAUUAAUAAAACGGCCUACGAUUAAGGCUACCCGCGCGAUUAAAAUUUUAAGUUUUUAUCGUCUUUUCUUUUGAAAUUCAUAAAUUUAUACUAUAUAUAUAUAGUAUAAAUUUCUCUAUAUAAUUAUCCCAAUUUCUCCCAGCAAAGUAAUUCUAUUAAAUAAGCACAUUUAUAAGCAAGGAUAGUGCUAAUAAAUUCAUUUCUAUGUUUUCUUAAUUUGAAUAAGAAUAUCGAUUAUUGAUUAUGCCUCAAGAUUUCCAAAUUCUUAGAUGUUGCGAUUGCAAAAAAUUUCAAGUUCAUCAUAUGAAGAAAGCUAAAAAGUGGCAAUGUAAAGCUUGUGGACUGAAACAAUCCUUGAAAAGAGCUUUCUUUAUUGGAUCUUCUCGUGAUUGUCGAGUUAAUGUCCAGAAGCUGAACUUCCAAGCUGGAGAGCUGGAAAUGAAGAGACAAGUUGGUGAAAGCUGCUAUUCUAUGAAUAUACAGGAUGAUAAACCCUCAUUGGAAUCACUUUAUCAAGAUUUUGAUUUCUCCAUUGAAAAUUAUUGGAGUGAUAAAAAUGAUGUAAUUAAUGAAAAUGACUGGUUUGAUAAAGAUGAUGAGAUUGACGAAAAUGAUUGGAGUGAUGAAAAUCCAUCAGAAAUUUUGGAUAGCUUAUAUAAUGGAAGUUCACAAAAUGAUUCCAAGUAUGAUUUGCCUAGAAAGAAAAUAAGAUGUGAAUCAUCAGAAUAUGAAACUAUCAAAGAAGAUAUUAAUUCCAUGAAUAUGAAUAGAGAUAAAGAAGAUCAAAGAGUAUUUUUAUUUCCAUCUGCCUUCAAAAAUAAGCAAAAUGGAAAUUCAAGUAAACCAAUUGAAUCAGCUAAUCCUAUUGCAAACUCUGAUGCUCCAAAAAUAGAGAAAGAACAAGAGAGUGGCAAAUUUAAAAACAGAGGGGGGAAAUCAUUAAUUGAAGUUCCAAAAUAUAGAUCAAACUCUUUACUGAAACCGACUCAAGGUUUUCAAUUAAUAUUAAAUGAAGCAGAAAGACAAAGAAGUUAUUUCAGUUAUGAUUUUGAUUGGUAGUUCCUAUUGUGAUAUGUGAUAUUGCUUUUAAUUCCUUGAUUUUUCUAGCUAUUCUCUGUUAUACAGUUUUAAA